CUCUCUCUCUCUCUCUCCUCGAUUUCUCAGUCCAAAAGUCCUUUUGCAUCUUUCCCAUCCGCUCGCCACUUCCUCCGACCGAGAAGCAACGUUCCCUUCGAGCUCUGUUCCAUGGCGCCCUUCUCGAUCCACUGCCCCAGUUCCUCCGCCUCUCUCUGUUCCUCUCCGCCUUCGAUCCGGACCCGCCGCCCCAACCGGCUCCGAUCGGCCUCGAAGCUAGGGGGCGGAUUCUUCGGUGCAUCGCCGCAAGCUCGUUCGAAUCUCCAGGCAUAAUUUGGAGAUGGAUGCAUGGAAAUGAAAUAAUUUGAAUUCCCCGUUUUCUUUGUGCUGAUGGUGCUUGUGCUCGUGAAGUUCGCGCAGCAGUCUAGCGGCUCUAGUCGAUGCCGAUCUCGGGUUUCGAGAGUGAAUGCUCUUUUCAAUGAGGUUUCUGUAGCAGGCAGUGAAACAGAUGCAGAUGCGGCGAAGAAGGAAAUUCGCCUGCCUGAUGUGUCGUCCAUUUCGGCUUUCAUGAAUCAAGUGGCAAACCUUGUUGAGUUAGUUGAUUCACGAGAUGUUGUUGAGCUGCAACUAAAGCAGACGGACUGUGAGGUCACCAUCAGGAAAAAGGAUUCUCUCCAACAGCUGCCUGUUGCGGCUCCCGUUUAUGUGGGGCCACCCCCUUCUCCGCAAGCCAUGCUUCCUCCACAACCCCCUGCGACACCAGUUCUCGCUCCUGCUGCUUCUAAUUCAGUUCCUUCGACCCCUAGUUCCACUCCGGCAGCUCCUGCUGCUAAGCCAAGCACACCAUCACAUCCGCCACUCAAAUGCCCCAUGGCUGGAACAUUUUAUCGAUCUCCUGCUCCGGGCGCACCACCUUUUGUCAAGGUUGGAGACAAGGUUCAAAAGGGUCAGGUUGUAUGCAUCAUUGAGGCCAUGAAGUUGAUGAAUGAGAUUGAAGCUGAUCAAAGUGGAACUGUGGUUGAGAUACUUGUAGAGGAUGCAAAACCAGUUAGCUUGGACACACCUUUGUUUAUCAUUGCACCUUAAAGUACCCUAUCCUAAAAUCUGAGCCUGUUGUUCUCCGGUGGAAUCUCUUGAAGCAACUGAACUGUCAAGCAGAAGAAUGCAGCAGACUAGUCACUUAGAUGUUUCACUGAUAGUUUCCCAACAGAUGAACCAAUCCAUGCAACACUUUGUCAUAGAGCAUCUGAAAAGACAAAAAGAAAAACUUCUAUAAGCAUGUUGAAGUAGCAGCUCGCUUUUUAUUCAAGUGACUGUUUGCAAAAGACACUGCCAGUGUCUAUAUUAGCCACUUGAGACUUGAGAUGCUUUUUCAUAUCAUUUUCGGAAUUCGAUUACGCUAUGAAAUAAAAGGAUUUUCUUGCAAGUUGCCUCUUAACAGAUGGCUUAGGAAAUAGUGAAGAAAUUUUCUUGGUAACAGUGCAAAAAAGUCGCCUUUAUGGAUAUUCUAGAGGCAGUAGUAGUCCAGAAGACUCAGCACCAGACCACCCUAUACUAUGCGUCUUCCCUUUCAUCUUGUUAGACAUCGACUGUCUCAAGA